AUACCUGUUUUAGACUUGUUGCACUUCCUCGUUGGUGUUUAGUCAACAUUAGGCUCAUGAAAUGUCGAACAGAAAGAUGGUGCUCGGCAGAGAGGUCUGUCUGAUCAUUUUCCUUGUAUUCACCACAAUCAGAUCUGAAGAAAACCUCGCUUUGUCAAAGGCAGCUUCACAAAGUAGUGAUAUUGGCAAUGGUAGAUGGCCGGCAAGUGGGGCUGUGGACGGAUGUGAAGAGACAGAUGUAUUCUCUGAUUGUUGUUCACACACAGAUAUUCGUGUUUCGAAGACGGCUUGGUGGCGCGUCGAUCUUGGACAAAUCAGUACCAUCGACACAAUCAGAAUAGUUUACAGAGACAAUUUUCAGCAAAGAUUGGCCGGAUACCAGCUGUAUGUAUCCAAUACCACCACUUUACCAACAGACGGUGUCCUCUGUUAUGAAGACACUAGUAGCACUAACAGUUCAGUACAGCUGGUGGUGACACACCAGUGCCCGUAUGUAGGUCGGUAUGUGACCGUGUACAACUAUAGAAACAACCCAAAACGAUACAACUGGUAUAGUGAUGAUGCACUAUUGGAGCUUUGUGAGGUUCAAGUGUUUGGUUGUCCAGUAGGGAUGUACGGUAAUGGUGAUUGUAAUCAAGUAUGUCCGGCAAGUUGUUACGGAAGAAACUGUAACUCUAAAACGGGUUCUUGCAUUUAUUGCAUUCAAGGAAAAUACGGCAAUACAUGUGAAAACGACUGCUCUACCAAUUGUAAGGACAGCUUGUGCAGUAACGAAUCUGGAUUUUGUUUUGAAUGCAUUCAUGGAAAGUUCGGUAAUGCUUGCGAUCAAGUCUGUUCAGUGAGCUGUAAGGAAGGGUUUUGUGCCAAAGACACCGGUUACUGUCAUGGAUGCGUUGACGGGAAGUUCGGCAAUUCCUGUGGACAACAAUGUUCUGUAAACUGUAAGGACAGGUUAUGUGCCAAAUACACCGGUUAUUGUAAUAAUGAAUGCAUCAUUGGGAAGCACGGAGAAAAUUGUGAUCAGGAUUGUUCCGUAAACUGUCGGGACAGGUGUACAAGAGACAACGCCACAUGCAUAGAAUGUAUUACCGGAAAACACGGAGAAACGUGUGAUAAAGACUGUCCGAUGAACUGCGAAAACAAUGUUUGUGUCCGGACUACUGGGCUAUGUAAUGGGUGUAUUGCUGGGAGGUAUGGUGUAACAUGUUCCUUGACUUGCCCCGUGACGUGUAAAGACUUCAUUUGUAAUCAACAAACAGGUCACUGUUUAGAUUGCUAUCCCGGAAAGUAUGGAGUGGUGUGUGGUGCUGAUUGUCCGGACAAGUGUACCGACAACAUCUGUAGUAAAGACAAUGGACGCUGUCUAACCACUGGUUCACGUAACACAGAGCAGUCCUCAGCCGAUUCUAAUAUGAUAAUAAUAGCUGUUUUGGCUACUGUUUGUGGGCUGCAGUUAGCGGCGUUGAUCACUACAGUAAUAUACCACCUACGAUACAGACAAAAGAGAAAGAACUCGUCAAAUACGGGUACAGACAUUAAGGAGGAACAAUCCGUCCCGGACACGGGGUAUACGUCUAUUUCACCUCGUCAAGAAGAAACGUCCCACGUCUAUGAAAUGGUUGUCACCUAAUACGCCAGACAACUUCAUCAAGUCAAGAUAAUAAAGAAUCAUAAAAGAUCAUUCAAACUCAGCUGUGGAUAAUUCAUCAGUAAAGGGAAUUAUAUUGCCUCAGUUGAUUUUAAAACAGGUAGAACACGAAAUGAUUAAAUGCUUUUUACAUGGAACGUCUGCUAUAAGGCAUUUUACAAUGACUGUUUUAUGAGAUAUGUUUUCUUUAUAUACAAAUUCGAAAAUAUGGGAUAUGAGUGUUUAUUAAGAAAUUAAUUUUAAUUGUUUUUCUAAUGCACAAAUUCUUGAAUAUACUUACUGACAUGCCCAAUUCUGAAAAAUAUGGCACAAGUGUUAGAAAAGUAAACAUAGCCAGUUACUCGACAUAAUACCUUUAAUAAAGUAUAUAUAUCUGUAAUCUAUACAACAUUUGGAAUUUACAGCUCUGAAGGAUCAGUAAACUUAUUUUCUAUGUUUCUCAGACCUGUUAAUACCAUGAAAACCACUUACAAAAAUCCUUUAAAAUUGCCAAAUAUCACGAUAUAUGAUCCAAAAUGACAAAUUUCUUUACACAUGUUCUUUUUUUGAAACCUUUUUGAAAUUAACUAUUUCUAUCUCAAAGACGGAAUUAACCUUGUUUUGACAUAUGUUGUAAAUCCGAAACCAAUUUAUUUAGUUUAGUCUUAUCAAAUGUGAAGCUUGUAUGUACCACUUCAAAAUGAAUAUACGACAUAAAAUGAG